CGAUGAGUCACAGGGAGCUGAUUCGGCUUCUCGUCCGCCAAUAACUAUAAAGAGGUUUCGUCGCCGCCCUUUUGCCAUGGCAACUGACUAAGGCCGUGGUGUAGCCCAGCUGUCGCGAAAUCCAAUGCGGUUGUUGAGGACAGCCUUUGGAUCAUCUCUCUUCUAUGAGAUGAUCGUUCUUAUGCGACUGGCCUCGUUUACUCUACCAUUUGGAUUACUGAUCAACCGAGCCAUGGCAUGGACCUCCACUGGGAAGACUCACACUGACCUUAUCAACAAUCUACGCAAGAAUGGUGUGAUCAAAUCGCAGAAUGUAUAUGAUAUAUUGCUGACGACAGACAGAGCUCAUUAUAUACAGUAUUUUCCAUACAUGGACUCACCCCAGAGCAUAGGCUACAAGGCAACAAUCAGUGCCCCACACAUGCAUGCACAUGCACUGGAGUUGCUGGAAGACAAGCUGAUUGAAGGAGCCAAAGCCCUGGAUGUUGGCUCUGGAAGUGGAUAUCUGACUGCCUGUUUUGCCAGAAUGGUUGGAUUGACUGGAAAGGUGGUUGGAAUUGAGCACAUUAAUCAUCUUGUUCAUGAUGCUAUUCAGAAUGUGAAGCAGGACGAUCCAACCUUACUGAGCAGUGGACGCAUCAAGUUUGUGGUGGGAGAUGGAAGACUUGGUUAUCCGGAUGAAGGACCUUAUGAUGCAAUUCAUGUUGGAGCUGCAGCUGCUAUAGUACCUCAGGAGUUACUGAAACAGCUGAAGCCUGGAGGAAGACUGAUCUUGCCAGUGGGGCCGGAAGGUGGUAGCCAGGUAUUGGAGCAAUACGACAAAGACAACGAAGGGAAGAUCACCAGAGCUCGGCUCAUGGGUGUCAUGUAUGUUCCUCUGACAGACAAAGAAAAGCAGUGGCCAAGGGAUGAGCACUGAAACCUACAUAUUUAAAGACAGAAAAAAGGAAAAUGGAUACGAAACAGACUUGAUGAUUAGUCCAUAGGAGGAGUAUGUAGGGAAGUGGCCAUAAUGCCCCGCUAACACAUUCUCCAUAGUGAUUGGUGGAGCUGGGUGUGCUGUGAUAAUGCUUACAGAUAUAUCUGCGCAGUGUGAGAGCCUGAUUAUAAGAUAAGGACGGGAUUAAUACAAGUUGUAUUUACUGAGAGACUAAUAUAAGAAAACAAAUACCUACCUAUAAUUUAAUUACACCUCCUGGGGAAACGGUGGAUGUACAGCUUCAGGAACUGUAGAGUAAAUUUAUUGUAUGUGUACCCAGAAUUCUUUGCUGCUAAAAUCAGGCCUAGGUAUUAAGGAAGCUAUAUGCAUAACUGCUUGUGCAACUGAAAUAUAAAGUUGUUGCCAUGGAAUAAGCCUUAUGCUGUUGGGCAAUAUUAAUGUACAAAACUAAUCGCCUAUAUACCUGUAUAUUUUGCUGCAGUAGAAAAGCCAUACUAACCAAUUAUAAGUUUUUAUUAAUUGUUUCAUAGUUGACCAAUUAGACCCAAUGCUGACUGGUUAGUAUGGGAUAUUCCUUUAGGGCUCUUACACUUGCCCGUUUUUUUUUUUUUUUCUGCUCUCCCCUGCAUUGAGCUUUCUUCCGUUCAUCCGCAGGGGAGCGCAGGAUCAUUGUGAAGGGGGCUGUACUCGCCCAAACAUGUAUGCGCUGAACGCAGGUGAAAUGCAACAUGCUGCUUCCCACCUGCGUUUGGCACUUGCAUGCGUCUGUGUGAGUACAGCCUCCUUCAGAAUAAUUGACUGCGUCUACUGCUGUGCUCCCCUGCGGCUCAAUGGAAGAAAGCGCAGGUAAACGGCCGUGUGUAAGAGCCCUUAGCCCUGUUCCUAAAAAUGGCUCCCCAGAUGUUGGUGGACUAGAAUUCCCAGCAUGAUUUAACCAGUUAUUGUAUGUUGUAAUCCAGCAAUAUGGGGACCCAAGGUUAAGAAACAUGAUACUGUAGAGCACAGAUUCAUCUGGUUUUUGUGUCCCCUUUUAACAAUUUUUAAGGCCAGACACAUAGCCGUUAAUAAUUUCCUGCGACAGCACCUAAUUUAGUUAUUUAUUCACACCAACCUGCACAAUAACUGUGUGUUCUACAGCUCCUCCCAGUGUGGAAUUUAAAACUGAUCUGUAGUUGUCGGGGGUCACUCAUCGUAGCAACAAGAAGUGUCUAAAUGCCACGAUGUAGGUUUAAUAGUGCUAUGCCUGAAAUGUCAGAUGAGCAAGUCAUUUUAUUAGCAAAUAUAAAAUUCAAACUGCAUUGCUUUGGCUACUAAUUUCAGAAGCCUGAGAACUUCAUGCUGGGCGGAGAUAAGUCAUUAUUUCUAUGUUGAAAUAUCACCAACACAGCACUCCAAUUACACACGGCAACUUGACUGUACAUAGCCUUGAGGUCUGUCAAUGUACAGGUCAGAGUCCCACCACCCCCUCUUAUUUGUGUUCCUUGUUCUGUAUAUGCAGAAAACAUGUACGAUAGGAGCACUUGUAUACUCAAUGGUAGAGCUGGGCAAGUAGUAUGUAUGUAUAUAACCUACAGUCAUAACAUGUCACUAAUAUACAUGCUUGUUGUUAAAGUGUUCAUAUAUAGAAAUUAAUAAAGCUUUCAUGAAACUGCCA